AUGCCGGCCACUGUUGCAUAUGGCACGGGUACAGCGCAUGUAAGCAACGACGGAUCGCUGGAUUGCAGGGCGCGAGUUGAUUCCUUUGCAGCUGCACCUAGUGCUGAUCGACCAGCAGCGAAACUCGGGAACCAGUUCACCAUGGAAAGCAAGCAGUCGGCAUUCCACGGUGUUAUUCCGGAUCCAUACAAAAAUUUACUCCUCGAUCCGUACGACUCUCAGUGGUACGCGUUCAAACGACUCCUGGAAGGACCCCUACUGUCACAGCAAAUGAUCCUUCAAAGUCAGCAGCUACAGCUGCUUUUGCAGUGCCCAGAACAAUGGUGCAACGUUUUGGCGCAACCACUGAGUGUAUUCCCCCAGCUUACAUCCAUCCCAACUCUCACUACAACCACUCAGCAGCUGGCACCUCAGAUAGCAGUGAACCAUCUGUCGAACGGCUUUUUGCAGGCUUCUGUCAAGCACGAACCAGUGAUGUACGCUUAG